GUGUAUAUCUUAUCUUAGCUAGAUAUAAAAGAAGUGGUAUCCAAAGAAACGUUUGGAAAGGGAAAAAAGGAUUGUUUGCUUUCGUGAGUUUCAGAGGGUAGUUGUAGAGAGAGACACAAAGAGAGAGAGAGAGAGAGAGAGAGGGGUAGAGAUAGAGAGAGAUAAAGAGAAUAUGGGGAGGGGUAGAGUUGAACUCAAGAGGAUAGAAAACAAGAUCAACAGACAGGUAACCUUUGCAAAACGAAGGAAUGGGCUUCUGAAAAAAGCAUAUGAGCUCUCUGUUCUUUGUGAUGCUGAGGUUGCUCUCAUCAUUUUCUCCAACAGAGGAAAGCUCUAUGAGUUCUGCAGUAGCUCUAGCAUGCUCAAGACAUUAGAGAGGUAUCAGAAAUGCAACUAUGGAGCACCUGAACCCAAUAUAUCAACAAGAGAAGCACUGCAGGAGAUAAGUAGUCAACAGGAAUAUCUGAAACUGAAAGCAAGAUAUGAAGCAUUACAGAGAUCACAAAGGAACCUAUUAGGAGAAGAUCUUGGGCCUUUGAACAGCAAGGAACUUGAAUCUCUUGAAAGGCAGCUUGAUAUGUCAUUGAAGCAGAUCAGAUCAACAAGGUUCAAUUCCUUUUUUACCUAACCCUAAUUUCAAACUUUUCUUCCUCUUCUUCUUCUUUAAUUUGCUAAUUAAUCCUUCUUGAUGAUGAUGAUGAUGUAAUUAAUUAAUCCAUGCAUGCAUAUACCCCUGCAGACCCAAUUAAUGUUGGAUCAACUCAUGGAUCUUCAGAGAAAGGAACAUGAGCUAAACGAAGCAAACAAGACUCUGAAACAAAGGCUGAUGGAAGAUGCCCACCACUUAACUUUGGACUGGAACCCGAACCCGCACGAUGUCGAUUACGCCAGACAAACCAUGCAACCGGACACCGAUUACGGGAGACAAACGAUUCAACCCGACGGGGGCCAAGCCGCCUUCUAUCAUCACAUGGAUUGUGAACCCACUUUACAGAUUGGGUACCAGACGGACAGCCAUAUAACGUUAGGAGGGCCCAGUGUGAAUAACUUCAUUCCUGAGUGGUACCCAUGAAGAGAAGACAGGCCCAAGACUCGGGCCCAGCCCACCAGACCCUGUACGUGGUAUAAUGCUUGAAUAAGCCUGCCUGGUUGAUGCUGCUUUUCUUCACAUAAGAUUUCUACAAAUUUGAUCUUUUUUUCUUUUUUGCUUUUUGUUUUGUUCUGCUUUUUUGGUGGUGGUGUUUAGUGACAAAGACAAGAGACUUGGUUUGAUUUAGUACUAUGAUGAUGACUCCGAGACAGUCAUUUAACAUUAACUCUGCCCGUAAUUACGUACGGCAAUAACCUUAAUA